GCACGCUGUUCACUCCCGCGGGUCCCCCCGCUCCAGAACAGUCCAAUUUUAAAGCCGAUACCAAAGCUCAUCUCUUUAAGCUCCUCCGCCAGCGCUUUCCGCCUAUCAAACCAAUCAUACCAUAACCACUCAUACCAUUGUGUAAUCUCGUGACGGCACCUUUCAAGUGAACGGGCGUUAGCUACGGUGCUUUUUGUUGGGGUGUGCCGUUGCAGCAAGCUUCCCUUCCCCCCCAUCUUCUCAUCCGGCUAGCUAUUCGCCCUACGUGACCCUUCUGUACCGUAUCACACCCGCACUAUAUCUCCUGUUCGGGUCCUUCUGCGUCCUGUCUGGUCCGGUAUGUUAAUUUGAUGGUGUGCUAGUUGGGCCAGCUGUGUUCUUUCCACUUCUACCUGAGCUUACCCUUUCCCCUUUCUCGCUCGCUCCCCUUUCCCCCCUUUCCUCCCUCUACUCCUCCGCGCACUGUGCACUCGCCAGUGUCCUGUACUCGUAGCUCACAGGGGAAUAGAACCUUCUCCCCACGAUACUUUACGACUACCCGCCUACCGACACCACCACUACCGGUAUCACUCGUUAGGAUCGGCGAUAUAAUCGGUCUUAUCGGUUUCAAUCGAUUCGGUUCACGAGGUUUCGGACUGAAAAAGUGGAGAAAAGGGGUUCGUUGGCUCGGUAUCUCUGUUGCACCUCGGUGACCUCACGCCCAAUAGGACAAACGGGAACGAGAUGCAUCCAUCGCCUUUCCCGCAGGCUUCUGGAUCGAGCGGCUCCCGGCCUGUGAAUUUUGCCAGGAAUCAGGUAGCCCCCACGGCUAGUGGCACCCAUACAGGAGGUUUGUCUUAAUUUUCUCUUGAUUUCUGUGGAUGUUUAAGAUUCCUGUCGGAGAAUUUUCUGCCUUGCAAAUGCGGAGAGAGUGAUUAUUGAUAUGCUUGAAAAAGAUAUAUAAGAGACAAUAGACGGUAAACGCGUGUGCUAACAUUUUCUAGAAGCCGAUUCCUGGAUAGAGGUGGCUUCCCACCCGAGCGAUAGCGCGUACACAUCCUCAUCAGACGAACACAUCAUAACCGCUGGGCUUCAAGUCUCCGCCGCCCGCCGAAAGCGUAGAUCCACGUUCCGCGAUGCCAAAACCCCCCAUCCACAGACCGGCGUAGCUCAGGAAUCCGAGGAUGGCCCGUCAGAGAAUGGCGAGGGAGAAGAAGAAGAAGAAGAAGAAGAAGAAGGCGAGGAUAUGGGAUCCAUGAUCAACGAAAUGCCUAUGAGCUCGGACGGAUACUCAUCUCCGGAUGAUGAUGAUGAUAAUGAUGAUGAUAGCGAUGAUGAAGCAAGCGCUUCAGAUGAUGCACCUGCUCCGAGGAUAGUCUUUUCUGCAUCCUCUCAGCAACGCCCAUUUCAGGGUAGGAGUCAGAUGACACCUGCUUCUCGCCGUCAUGGACCUGGCGGGCUUAAUGUGUUCGCCCCGAACCAUGCAACGGAUCACGAUGAGGUGUUGCGGGCAUCGUUGUCUACGCUCUUGAGCUGUGCGGCCGCGGCAAGGGGUUUGACCAAGUCCCCACCGCAAUCACAGGCUUCCGGUCAGGCACAGACCGCAUCCCAACAGAGUGGAAGAGUAGCGGUAGAAGGCAUUCGCGUGGUCAGAGAGGACAACCUCCCGAGCGAAGCUAGCGGCUCAGUGAACGGAAUGAGCAGGCGCGGAUCUGUGAUUUCCGCAGCAGACUCUGCAUCCUCUUCCUCCUCAUCCCCGCUAGAUCGGGCCCCUUCCGGAAACACCGAGAAAGCAAGGAAGAAGACCCGACGCUCCGACAGAAAAUCUAGAUCAAAGACCCGUUCUAAGCCCGCCCGGCCACAGGAAACCCCGGAAGGCGGCGACUUCAUAUCCGCCCUUGGCGUCUCCUACGCCACGCUGGCAAUCUCUGCCGGUGCUAUCGUCCUCCUCAGCGCAAUCACCUUCUCAGCAGGAUACGCCAUGGGCCGGGAAGUCGGAAAACCGGAGGGUGGGCUCUUCGGCCGGAUCACUGGUGGUGGGUCAGAAAGGGGUAAGGCGGUUGUUAGGGGGUUAAGUAGAGCUGGUGGCGGGGGGUUGCGUGGUGUUGCUGGGAGGGGGAUUUUGAUGGGUGGUGGUAUUGGGAGCGUUACUGCCUGAGUAGAGAGAGUGUGUGGACUAGAGAUGACCUCUCCCCAAGCGUUUUCACAACACGAUGAAUGAUACGAAAUUGGUGUUUGGUCUUGGUUAUUUUUUUCUUCUUCAAAUGUUCGUCUCGGGCUGGACUGGGUUGGGGACUGGUUUGGUUGGUUGGUCGGAUAGGGGUAGCUUUCGUUCCUUCACUUCCUUUCGCUGUUCGUGGUCAUUAACGUUUUUCUUUCUUUCUUUCUUUCCUUCGUUUAUAUUAUUUUAUUUUAAUUUUACAUUUUUUUAUUUUACGCCUUCCGUUAGCACACUGGGCACAAGUGUUUGUGCUCCGUUUCAUAAUAGCAGUAUAGUACAACCUCCCGUGGUCACGACAUUCCAGCCAGUUACAGUAUUACAAUAACAACACCCUCGCACUCCUAGCCUCGUUCAAUCAAUCAUUCAAACAUCCGUCCUCAACCCCCCCACCCCAUCCUCAAAACCUCACAAUACUGCCUACCCGUAUCCAGCACAGACCAUUCCUCCCCUUCAGCCCUCUUUCCCCCGCCCUU